AUGAAGUUCUCCUCGACCGCCAUUGUCUUGGGCUUGCUCGCUCUCUCCUCAGCUAGUCCCAUCGCGCCAAAAGCAAAGCGUGCGCUCACCGUCCAGUCGUACAGCCAGUUCCAGGUCUCCGAUGGGGUGGCGGGAAACGCCCUGGCUGAGGUGAAUGCCAAAUUCCCGAUCGACCAACAAAACCUGGCAAGCGUAUCAGCGGCAGACCUGAAGAUUCUCAAAGACGCGCGCGAAGUGGCUGAGGAAGCCGAGGUCGGGACCGGCGGGUUUAACGAGGCAAUAGCCGCCAUCGGCAGUGGGGAUACGACUGCAGUGCAGAACGGCAAGAUCAAGAACAAGGUGCUCAAGUUGCAGUUGGAGGUGCUGGCACUCCAGAUAGAGGCGGCGCAGGGGGAUGCAGAUCAAGCAAAAAUCGACGAGGAGACGACCAAAUUGAACAAGAAUGUUCAGUUGGAUGAGGCGGCCGCCGGGCAAGAAAGUGUUGGUGUGACUUCUACCUUUAAUGGGUGA